AUUUCCUAACGAGCUGGUUAACGUUCGAGUAAACUUGCCUUUCGGAGUGGGGCUAAAAAUACACACAUGCCAAAUUUGUCCAGAGGCUAACAUUAGCUCCCUGGCUAACUUCCGGGUUCGAGCAGAACAGCUGGACAGAAAAAUGGCGGAGGCAGUGGUUAAUGUGGCCCGCAGGAUUAAUGCCACAGUAGAAGAAGGAAGAGAUCACCUCGACUUGUCCAACUGCAAACUCAUCUCCUUCCCUGAUGGAGUCUUCAAGGUCCUCAGCAGCGUGUCUGACAACAUCCGGGUCAUCACGUUGGCCGACAAUGAACUGAAGGCCAUUUCCAGGAAGUUCUUCUCCACCUUCACGCAGUUGAGAGAGCUGGACCUGCACGGCAACGUUCUCACCAAGCUGCCCGACUCCUUGGAGGAGAUGACGCAGUUGAGGAGCAUCAACUUGGCGAAGAACAGCUUCUCGGUGUUCCCUGAUAAACUGACCGAGGUGACCACUCUGGAGAGGAUUAACCUCGAAGGGAACAACAUCACCGAAAUCCCCCUGGAGAAGCUGUCUGCCAUGCCAGCACUGAAGUGGCUUAACGUGAUGUCAAACCCUCUGGACGCAAACACUCAAUCCGCUCUCAAAUCUCCGCCUAAGUUUGACAUCUUACUGACUAAGGAGUCCUAAAGUGUCUUGAACAAAAAAGAUGUUUCAUCAUGUUUACGCUGCAUGCUGUGUUGCCUUCAGAUCCUCCACUUUGCAUACUUCAGUGUGCUGAAUGAGACCACACAACCUGGCAUUUUAUUAUAUUUUGUAAAUGCAAUAUUAUGGGCUGUCACCACCUAUUUAUUACUUUGGGUUGUAUAAAAGUUGUACUUU